AUGCCAAAAAGUUAUGAAUCACACAAUGAAGAAUCCAAUUGGUUAAGUAAUAGCCGAAUAAACAUCUCUUGUGGUCAAAAUUCAGAUAAUGUGAAACGUGCACUAGACCACUGUAAUAAUUAUGUGCGUUCUUGUCAUUCUAAUUGUUCAACAUGUCAUUGUGGAGGUCUUCUAAUGAGAAACCCCUAUCAGUAUGAAACAAAUCCAGCGUGUAUUACUAGUAAAUUACAAGAACAAGAAGAUGCCUAUCGUGGUUACAUAGAUUUAUUUAGGAAAGAUUGUUUAUGUGAAGUGACUCGAACAACUAGACUUGCACCAAUUCCACCAUACUGUUCAAUGCAACAAACAAAGUGUUCAUUGAAUCAUUGUCAACCAGUAUGCUGUUUAGACUUAUCAACUAGUCAUUCAGGAUGUAGUGGUUAUCAACAAGACCCAGUGUGCAGAAGUUGUACAAAUACAUUAAUGUGUCAAAAUACAUUUCAACCGAGCAUGGUAAUAUCACCCCCAACAUUUUGUUAUAAUGCUUGUCCUUGUCUUCAGAUGGUGAACAAUGUGUGUCCGGCGCAUAUUUCACACAAUUAA